ACUCAACCAUAACCUGAACUAAACUGGUUUCCUUUCAUUAGUUUUCACAAGAAGUCAACAUACAGGAUUCCUUUCUGAAUGCAAUUUCCUGGAGCUUUGACACCAUCUCUGUAUUUAAAAAUCUGCAGUAUUUUUUUUUUCAUCCACCAAAAAUCUCUGUAAGGCACUGUACCUGGAGUAGCAGGGUGGGGUGGUGGGGCAGGGAAUAUAAAGAAGAAAACAUAAAAUCUGUUCCUUCUAGGCACCUAGAUCUAAACAACAGAAGUCACACAUAGACAGAAAAUCUGGCCUAUUCUUUCAUUUGUGAUUGCACGUGGCAUGCAGUCGCUUGUUCAUCCGAGCAUAAGUAUUUUUGGUGUGUGCUAUGUGCUUUGGCUGUCAUAACACCGCGGGAGGCCCAAGAUGUGAACCUGCUCUCUGGGUAUUUGGGGUCUCCCCGGGAAAGAGGAAGGGGGUUCAGAGUCCAGUAAAACAUCAGGCCAAAGUCAGUGGCUCAAAGAAUGCUCUGGGGGUAAGGAGACCCGGCAACCAGUCGGCGUGAGCCUACUGGGUGCUUCAUAGAGGCGGAGGAUUGGAACCUGUACUGAGGAAUGGAAAGGUCUUCAGGAGGGAGGGAGGGAGGACAUCCUGGGCCAGGGGAAGGUCAUGAACAAAGGUCUUGAAGUGUUAGGAGUUUCUCACUGGAAACUGAGACAUGAAGGGGAUGGGAAUAGGGUGGGGAGAAUUUGCUCCAAACAAUGCCCACUUGGGCCAGGACCAGGUAGGGCCGGGGGUGGGGGGUGGUGAUGGAUACCUGACGUCGAAUCUGCCCCCUGCAAGGAAGCUGAGCUUCUCAUUUGUUCCUCUUCCUUCCUUCACCCAGACUCUGGCCUGUUCAAAGACAACAUGAUAACCUUCACUCUUCCCUCUGCCAUAAGGAGCUUGAUCCUACAGAAGACACCAGACAUCAGAAAUAUGUCCAGCAUGGCUGGGGUAAGGCUCCGACCAGCCAGCAUGGUGGUCCUGCACAGGUCCCUGGCUCCAGCCUUUGAAAAGUUCUGCCAAGCCAACAAUGGCCCUCUGCCCCUCCUGGGCCUGACUGAGCCAGGCAAGUGGACGUUGCCUACCCCGAACGCUGUUCUGGACACCAGGACAGGGUGUCCCUAGUUCCGGAAGUAUGAGUUUGUUGCCCACAGAGGCAGCCUGACCUCAUUGGAGGAGUACUCGGAGCAGCUGAGGGACAUGAUGACCUUCCUCCCGGACUGCAGCUCCUCCCUGGAAGCAGCCUUGGAGAAGGUGGGGCUCCCCAGAAGAGACUCCGUAGGGCAUGGUCACGUGGGUGUGUACGAGAUGACAGUGCCUUGUGCCACCAUUGCUGGCUUUUGCUGCCACCUGGUGGUCACAAUGCGGCCCAUCCCCAAGAACAAGCUGGAAGGGCUGGUGCGGGCCAGUUGCUCCCCAGGGAAUAAGGGACAUCCCAUUCAUAUCGGCGACCCGGAAUGGUUGGGAAUCAAAGAUCUUUCUAGACCUGACUAUGGGGAGCCUGUGGUGUGUCAGCCGGGGGACGUCCCAGUGUUCUGACCUUCUCCGACGACCAGCCUCGAAGCUGUCAGCAGCUGCAAGACCCCGCUGGCUUUCACCAGUGCACUGGGUUGCACAGUCAUGACCAACCUGAAGAAUACAGAGGCUCCACCCAGUUGUCUUACCCCUGAGGGAAUUCCUGAGGUCCAUCACAUUUCCCAAGAUCCUUUGCCCUACAGCAUCGCAUCGGCUUCAGCUGUUCAGAAGAUUAGAGAACUAGAGACUAUAAUUGUCAUAGACCCAGGCCACCGGAGGAUCGGGCACCUGCUCUGUAAAGGUGAGCUGCUGAGGGCCUCCGUGUCACUGUCCCACGCCCGCUCGGUGCUCGUCACCGUCGGCUUCCCCACUCACUUCAACCAUGAGCCCCCAGAAGAGACAGACGGCCCAUCAGGAGCCAUUGCUCUGGCCGCCUGCCUACAGGCCUUGGAGAAGGAGGUCUCCGUGAUCAUUGACCUGAGAGCUUCGGGUUUGUUCAAGAAACUUGUUGAAGAUGCCAUUGAGCAAGGGGUCCUGAAGACACAGAUCCCCAUAUUAACUCUCCAAGGUGAAUCAGCGGGAGCUGCUCAGGCAUUUCUCUGCAAAGAUGGGGACCCCAAGUCACCCAGAUUCGACCAUCUGGUGGCAAUUGAGCGCACAGGAAGGGCCGCCAAUGGUAAUUGCUAUAAUGCGAGGAAGAUGAGCAUCAGGCCCUGGGUUGACCCCACUGAUGAUCUUUUGCUGGCAGCCCAGAAGAUUCCUGGAAUCUCAGCUACUGGUAAGGGUUGGUGAUGGGGCAAUCAGCUUGGGAAGGGCAAAGUCAAGGAGGCUGUGAAAAGACACAUACGAAAUGGGGAUGUGAUUGCCUGUGAUGUGGAGGCUGACUUUGCUGUCAUCACUGGUGUUUCUAACUGGGGAGGCUGUGCCUUGGCCUGUGUGCUGUACAUCCUCAACUCAUGUGAGGUCCACAGACAUUACCUAAGGGAGGCAGUUGGACCCUCCAGAGCACCUGGGGAGCAGGACUGGGCUCAGGCCCUUCCAUCCGUUGCUAAAGAAGAAAAAGUGUUGGGCAUCCUGGUGCGGCACCAAGUCCAGAGUGGAGUCUCGGGCGAGGUGGGCCCGGAGGUAGAUGGGCUGUCCUUCCACGGCAUCCACGCCCAGAUGAUCCAGAAGCUGGUGGAUGUCACUGCGAUGGGUAUGUGACUGUGCAUGUGGAGUGCGUACCAGAUGGCCGUGCCUGGAACUAGGAGGGAGUUCCCUGAGGGCCCCGAGCUCCUUUCCACACGGUCCUGGGUGAGCAGCGCCUGUGACGGGACAGCGCAGAUGUUGGAGACUGAAGAGGAUGUUUCCUCAGGGCUUCCAGUCCUUUGCUUUUCUUCCUAAGUGCUAAGAGGGAUUGAUUUCAGCCCUCCUCCUCAGGCUUCUUCAGAGCACCCACAUGGUCUGCUCUGAGAGUUUUCCGAGGCACCACUUAUGGGGACAAGAGUAGGCAUGACUAGAGCCAUGAAUAAUCCCAAGGCUAAUUAAGAAAUAGUAAAAAAAAAAAACACACACACAA